UUUUUUUUUGUGUCUAUAACUAAUAUGUCAUUUUCUUUACGUGCCAUUCGACUCAACACUCGACCUACUUUAUCUUCAGUGGGACUUUGGUCAUCUACUUUUACUCCUGCAUUACACCCUCGAAUUUUUACCUCUAUCACUCAAACUCGUACUUACGCUACUAAUAAAAGCGAAGGAAAGCAAAUUUUGUUACGUGAUCAUGGUGUCUUUGCCAACUAUAUUCCUCCAGAAACUUCUCCAUCUAUAUCCGAUUUCCAAAACUGGCGUUUAACAAAAUGGAGAAACUUAAAGAAUAAUGUCCAAAACUUGUUAAGUGUAGGAUUGAUUAAAUAUAAGUCUCAAUAUGAAAAGUGGAACUCGGGUAAAUUCUUAUCUAUUGCCGAAGAAACUUAUAAGGAUAUGAAUGACUCGUUUGCAAGAGGUGAUCGAGAAAUCUUGGAAGAAGUUUGUCUUGAUGCCAUGUACUCUAGUUUGAAGAACCAAUUGAAACAUAGAAACAAUGCUCGAUGGGAAUGGAAAUAUCAUGGUGAAGUGGAAACUCCUAGAAUCGUUUGUGUACGUUGUGUAGGAACAUCAGGUGUUAGCAAAUCUGGAUUUUCUGUUGGUCAAGUCACUGUUCGCAUGUAUACAAAACAGUCUAUGGCUGUGUAUGACAAGAAGAAUCGUCUUGUAGGAGGUGAUCCAAAUCAAAUCCAUAAUGUUCUUGAAUACGUUGUUUUCCAAAAGACUAUUUCUGAUCCUGAAGAUAUCUGGCGUGUCUAUGGCAAAAUUGCUGCUCCUGAAAAAUUGGCCAACAAUUAAGAUUUUUUUUUAGAUUAGACUUUUUUUUUUGUUAUGACUAGAUAAUAAAUGUACAAAUAAAUUAUAGUAUAUCAUAUACAUACUUG